AACUCAUCGAGCAGUGGCAAAAGCGAAAAGACUAAGAUGGCGGACCCAGUGGCUUGAGAGCAGAGAACUUGAAAACAUCAACGAUCUUGCAGCCACUUAGAUUCACAGCAAACACAACAAUACACGCCUCAAAUAUACACAUUUUAUUAAGCCUGCGGGAUUGGGAGUUGAGUUUGGAGCGAUGGAGUGUUACCUGAAGUGAAGAUUGAAGACGUGAUAGAAGAUGGACGACUACUGCUAUGCUAAGAUGGUGACGUCAUGUCAAAGAGAACAUGAAAGACGAUCAGAAACUUCCAGCAAAUCACCAACGGAGAUAAAGACCAAAACUGCAGAUGAAGAUCUUCAGCAGCUAAUUGGUCAUCCAGAAGAACUUCCCGCUCAGUCACAACCACCCUGCAUUAAAAAGGAAGAGGAGGAACUCUGCAUCACUCAGGAGGGAGAGUGUCUUCUAGGACGAGAGGAAGCUGAUUACACCAAGUUUCCACUGACUGUUGUCUCUGUGAAGACUGAAGAUGAUGAAGAGAAACCACAAGUAGACAACCUCUUAGCUCCACUAUCAGAUAGUGAGGCUGAAGACGAGGUUGAAAAACCUUUGAACAGCGAUACAGACUGUGAAGGUGAUAUGAGGACUCACACUGACAACAAACACUCUGAAUGCUCUAUAAAAAAGACAGGCAAAAAAUGUUUGAGCUGCUCAGUUUGUGCUAAAAGUUUUACUAGGAAGAGCAAUUUGACUCAACACAUGAGAACACACAAGGGAGAAAAAACAUAUGUUUGUUCAGCUUGUGGUAAAGGUUUCUCUCUAAAGAGCAGUUUGACUGAACACCUGAGAACUCAUACAGGGGAAAAACCAUUUAAUUGUUCAGUCUGUGGCAAAAGCUUUUGUCAAAAGAGCAGUUUGACUGAGCACACGAGAACGCACACAGGAGAAAAACCAUUUAAGUGCUCAGUUUGUGAUAAAAGCUUUACUAAAAAGUGGCACUUAACUCAACACAUGAUAACGCACACUGGACAAAAACCAUUUAGUUGUUCAUUUUGCGGCCACGGCUUUUCUCGAAACAGCUAUUUGACCCAACACGUGAGGACACACACAGGCGAGAAUCCAUUUCGUUGUUCGGUUUGCGGUAAAAGCUAUUUUUCCAGACAAGGUUUGGCUCAACACAAAAUGACACACACUGGAGAAAAACCUUUUAGUUGUUCGAUCUGUAGUAAAAGAUUCCAUCUUAAUGCGGUGGCAAUAAGACAUUUAAAAACACACACAGGAGAAUAACCAAUCUUCUGUACAGUUUGAGGUAUGUUGCUCAAAUGUGGCGACUACCCCCCUAACUCAGGACCUCUUAAAGGUAAAUUCACUGCUUCUUUUACAUAUAUCAGAAGUCUUCAUACAAAGUGGGAUUAUUUUAAGCAUGAUCUUAUCUCCACAUGAUCUCUGUCAGGCUUGUCCCUGACAGUUUUGGUCUAUGUCUUAGUUUUUCCUCUGCAUUUGGUCUUUGUUUCCUGUCUUUAGUUCCUGUCAGCACUCUUAUUUUGGUUCUGUUUCCUGUUUGUCUCCCUGAGUGCUCUGUCCCCUCAGCUGUGGCUGAUUGGCACCUGGCCACACCUGGUGUCAAUCAGCCAGACACAAUUUAGACCUGUUUUCUCCUCCAGUCAAUGCUGGAUUAUUCUUGUGUCGUGUCAAUGUCAUCGUUACAGCUACUACCUGUCGUGCAAUUUGUAGUUUGCUUUGUCCUAGCUCUUUUGUUUUGUGUUUUCUUGUUAGCCAUUAGCUGUUUCCAGUUGUUCUGUUUGCUGGUUCCUGUUUUCAGUUUUGGCUAUACCUAGUUCCUGGUUUAUGUUUUGUACCUUUUAUUUUGGACAUUAAAUGAUGUUUUCUUAUUCAA